UCACCAUCCUGAGUAAAACCAGUGUUGUGGACUCUUUUGCGGUUGUAAUCCCCUAUCACGAGACACUUCAAUUCAUCACCAUCUUAAGUCACCCACGAAGGUUGUCCAAGUCCCCUUUGUUAAGAGUGGAGAGGUACCUGUCACACAUUGUCAACUCCUUGCCGACAGCUCUUCAUGCCGCAAACACCUUUUUGUUCGUCAUACCAAAAUCUUUGUGGAGCUAGCUCUCUAGAAUUAAGAGCCCAGUCCAAAGUGAAGACUUGUUUUCCGUUGAGUAUCCGCCAGCAAAUUGCUUGUGCCGCGUGAGAAAAAAAAUCACACCAUCGUUGCGUCAACUGCGGUGAGAAACAAUAGGCCUACAUGGAAUCCCAUUUGAUGAAGAUCUCACGGUAUCUUGCAUGCUGUUUCCAGGACUGACAUUGUCAGAGAAAUUACAAAGUAACUUGACAACGAACAAAACUUUAAAAUCGUUUGGCUACGAGUGGAGGAAAAACCUGAAGUGGACUACAAGUACUUGCCGUCAUGAAUUCGGGAUUAAUUCGACUUUUAUUUCUUUACGAUGUGUCGUUCCAUUCAAGUCAAGAUGGACUUCGUCCUGAGAUAGCUGUUUUUACGGCCAGACACUUUGGUCGUGUACACAAAGGACGCGGACGUCGUUUAUGAUAGAUUACACUAGGCGCACAGAACCCCCAAACGAUGAAAUUUGUUUCUGCAAAUCGCGUCCAACCUCCCGCAUUCGCACUGACCCUGUAACUUCAUGCAUGUAAAAGUAUGGGAGAAAUGAUAAAACACUAACAACCAUGGCAACUCAGCUGGAGAUGAGAGAAACAGACAGUAGCUAUGUUGGCACCUCAAUCUGCAGGAACGGACGUACUUUCGUGCACCGGGUGCCGUCCUCUACAAGUACAACGACCGGUCACCAGGACCAAAUUCUCGGUAGCCAAUCCAGUGAUUCACGCCGUCACUCUAAUCUGACCGGCAGGAUGACAUCCUACGGUGAGCGAGAUCAUGGAGACACGGGAGCUUUCCUGCAGCAGUUCACCAACAGCGUCAGCCGGGCCUUGCACAAGCAGACCUGCACCUGCAACGGCCGCACCUACACGGCAGACGAACUCAGGCUCAAGAGCAACCCAGCCAUCUUCGCGCCAAAUUUCCUGGAAGUUUUUCGUCGCGGCAACGAUUCUUUGCCACUCAUUCCCGGUGAUACCACCAGGGGCGCCACGACUGGACAAAAAUCACCCCGCGUUGUUGAGGCAGGUUUGAAGAGUUAUACCAAGCCCAAGGCGAAAUCUGAGUACGAGUUUGAGCCGCUACAACGGAGGGGGAAUCCCCCCAGGAAAGUGAAGAUGCUCGGCAAGGCCUCCCCCACUAAGAGACAGAGGAAGGAAGUGAACCUGCCCGAGAAACUGGACGUUGUUGACAAGAGCGGUCAAAACUGGCAGAUCGUUCAGGACCUCCUCAGUAAACAGCACAAAAGGACAUCAGAACGCCUCAGACCAUUAGAUAGUUCUCAAGUCACUACAGAGUCCCUCACACCACCAAAUAGCUCCCGCAUCGGGCGACAUCAGGGUGAUAUCUUGUCAAAACACGCCCCAGAUGGUAUUCCGAAUCAACCAUAUUGCCGGAGAGAGGCGGACAUGGAUCCAGAACGCUCCGCUUUGGAGUUAGAGGAACCCAAAAUGGCACAUUAUCAGGCACCAACGCGCAAGGUUUUGGAAUUCACCGAAUCUCCGCGAUCCAACCCCUCCUCAGUGCCACGAUACAUGCCCGACCAGACCAAUCACAAACCAAUGUCGAUGCCGGAUAUUCGAAAGGGCAACAUCACGUACAAAGAUUACCGAGGAAUGCUUGCCUCUCUCACAAGAGACGGCGAUGUCUACACGGAAAUCUCAAUCGGUGAUCCUAUUGGACUAAACCAACCCUCGAGGGAGACAGGUAGUUUGACUCUGCCAAGUUUAAACACCGUGAACAAUUCAAACACUACCACUCGCCUCAAUAAAUCUAAACUGCCUCUGGAGCUGGAAAGCCUCUACACAAGAGGUGGCUUGAAGAUCUCCACGCUCCGAAUCGACUCGGAAGGAACUCUGCCAGGGGAUUUCUUGAAUCGAAACAAGGAAGAGUUGCGCCAGAUGUACCCAAUGUACGACUGGCGCGUUGCCAACGGCGCCCGCGAACUCGGAGACAGAAAAGGUAGAAAUCCUCCAACGAUCGGGACCAAGGAAACAUCAACAGUGCCCUCCAUGUUACAGCUCCCUGACAAGUUCUCUAGCGUUCAGCACAACUCUCCGAGGGAAAAAUCGAGGUUUAUCGGUAAGAGACAAAACAAGAAGGCGGUCAGGAGUGAGAAAAAUAGAGCGAGUGAACGAUUGGAUGCGGUGAAGGAAGAUUUGGACAAAACUGGAGACGUGGCCGCGGUCUUGGAACAAAUCAGCGCGGGCCAGUUACCCGGAGAAAUACGUCCAGCUUCAGGACUGUUUCCAAGACAACCGCCGCCGACACCGAUGGACGGUCGAAGAAAAAGGGUCGCGGACACCCAACCCUAAUGAUAAAAAAACCCCAAUAUGACUGAAAAUGCCGAGUUUGAUAUCGAUAUUGAAGGCUGAUCUUGGUUGGGUCAAGCCGUGCCGAGCUUGUGAUGGGACCGAUUGGGCCGAAACAGGCUGAGAGCAUGAAUCUUAAAAUGGGGGUUCUGCUGAAGUUUACGUAUUCAAUAUUUUCAUCCAUCAUCCGUCCACCAGCUCCAAUACAACAAUCAUAUCACAGGUUUAAAACAAAUUGAAAACACAUAAAGUUAGCUUUUGAAAGAAAAAAACACCGGAGGAAAAGUAAUAUAUUUGUUCGUACUCGCUGCCAAUAUCACGGAUAAUGUGUCACAAUGGGUACUACACAAUCGGAUUUAAGGCAUUCGGGAAUCAAUAUACCGGUAGUCAGGUUGUUAGGUUCGAUUGAAAAUAUCGCCGGUAGAAAAUGUUUUGGGGGGAGCUGGGGACGACCGAUGGUCGAUUUAUUAUUUUCAAACAGCCUGGGCCAAACUCUGAUGUGCUCUCUGUCAAAAACAGACUCUUUAACGUUUGUUUUAGUUACCCCCUUUACAAUCACAUUUAUAUUUUUGAGACAUCGGUAAAAGAGGGAUGCAUUCCUUGAACCGAUACACCUCUACAAAUUAUUCCAAACCGUCGUUACAUGCAAUUAUUUUACAGUAUAUU